UCUAGUGUCAAAUCUUGGUGUUGCACCGGUGUGUAAUGUUUACUUCCGCUUCGACUCUCCUUGUUCCAGCUACGUGCUCUUCUCUCAUUCGACGCUAGCCUGGCGAGCUAGCUUUACCGUCAUCAGUCACCAGAGCAACCAUGAACAUCCUCCCGAAGAAGAGCUGGCAUGUCCGCAAUAAAGACAACGUAGCGCGUGUCCGGAAGGACGAGGCCCAGGCAGCAGAGGAGGAGCGCGAGGCCAAGCGGCGCGUGGAGCGCGCUGAACAAGAGGCGCGGACAGAGUUUCUGAGAGGGAAAUCCAGAGCUGCUCUUGAGUCAGCAGGAGUAAAGUGCGGUGAUGAUGGUGAAGGUGGUGAUGAAGGUCGGAGUGGAGCUUUAGAGCAUCUGAACCUUUUUCCCCUUGAGGAAUCAUCCGAGAAGAAAGGGAAUGAAGAGUAUCUCAAAGAAAAGAAAGAGGAGAAGGAGAAGCAGGAGCGUGCCAUUGGCCUGCUGGUAUCUCUUGGGCCCCAACCUGGGACUGAGGUCACUCCCUGGUACUUGAAAACUGGUCAGGAAAAGGAAGAAAGGAAAGAAAAAGAAAAAGAAAAGCCGAAGGGAAUAAGUGAGGAGGAGAAGGAGAAGAGGGAUCGUAGACUGAAGAAUAGUUUGGAUCCAUUGAAAGAUAUGAAGAAAGCUCUAGCUAUAAAAGACAGGAAGGAACACAAGAGCAAGAGGCUUGAGAGAAGAGACAGAGGGGAGAAGAGGAGCAGUGGAGAGAGCUCCAUAGAGCGGUUACGUGCCGAGCGUUUACAGAGGGAGACUGAAGAGCGGAGGCGAGCUCAGGCUCUGCUCGACCAGAGGAGCGGCAAAGGAAAGGACAAGGAUUCAGGGGCUCAGCUGAACGACAGGGAGAGGCCAUACAACAGCGCAUAUUUCCCCGAACUUGCCCGAAAGCGACAAAGGCGGGAUCGAGACAGUUGGAGAGAAGAGAUUUUAAAAUCAUGAACGGUCUUAAUUUGGAGACUGAUACGUGACAGAUGGACACUGGUCAGAUUCUGUGACCAGUUUGUGUCUAAAUGUGAAAGCACAGAGGAGGGAAGAUACAAAGCCACAUUAUCAACCCGGUGUCACAAAGGUGAUGAUGCGGCUUGUCUGCUCCUGGGUUGUCCUUUUUUCAUCUGUGUCUGUGUACUCGCAGAAGGGAAGUCCUGCAGUGAAGCAGAGGUGAAGGUCAGCUGCUGCCACAGAUGGUUGUCAUCGCAGGGGGUCAGAGCCCCUGCUGUCAUCAAGGAAAUCACUCUGUGAACAACUGUUAGCAUGGUUUAUGUUGUUAUAAUUAUAAGAUGUUGACUGAUCGCAAGAUGAGCGAUGCCCACACAAGUGACGAGGCAAACUGGCAAGAGCAGGAAAAAAAAAUGACUUAAUCUUUUGUUGGAUCAACAGCAAAUCAGUUUACAAAUCUCAUUUGAUUAAUCAUUUAGAAAUAACCACAUGUCUGCAUGUGCAGCGUUUUCUGUUUUUAAGGUUAUUAAAGUCUGCAUGUGUAGCCUGUAUUAGCUGAUAGAUCGAUGGAUAGACAGAGUUAUGAGACUGAAUAUUUAUUCAUUUUUGAGGCUGUUUUCACAGAAAACAUUUGGAAUAGGUCACCAUGAGAAGAGCCAGAGGUGUAAAUAAUGAAAAUAAAAAAAUCUUUGAUUGUCA